AUGACAGAGCAUUCACCUACUGCCCCGGAUCCCAUCAUCCUAGAUCUCAGUGUGGACAAUCAUGAGGCACCUAUGGAGAUUGAAAGCUAUUGCAUGAACUGCGAAAAAAAUGGCAUUACUAGACUGCUUUUAACAAGGAUACCUCAUUUCCGCGAGAUUGUAUUGAUGGCAUUUGAAUGUCCACAUUGCGGAUUUCGAAAUAGUGAGGUGCAGUCUGCUACGAUUACGCAGGAGCUGGGAGAGAAGCAGACGUGUCGGAUUGAUUCGAAAGAGGAUAUGAAUCGACAAGUCGUGAAAUCAGAGUCAGCUACAGUACGAAUUGAGGAGGCUGACUUUGAAAUACCUGCUGGUACUCAACGUGGUGUCCUGACUACUAUUGAGGGGAUGGUUGCCAAGGCUAUUGAAGGAUUGGAAGGGAAUCAACCACAACGAAAGCUCAUAGACGAGACCCUAUACAACCAAAUCGAAACAGUGCUCGCGACGCUAAAAACGUAUACAUCAGGCCAAAAGCCAUUUACAUUCAUUGUCGACGAUCCAGCCGGAAACAGCUAUAUUGAAUCUCUCACGGCACCAGAUCCAGAUCCCAAGAUAAAGAUUGAGAGAUAUACACGGACACCUGAACAGGAUGAAGCGCUUGGAAUAUCGGCGCAAGCUGCUGAAACGAAAAAAGAUGGGGAAGAUGAUGAUAGUGAUUCGGAUGCACCUGAUGUUAUGGUUUUCAAAGGUGUAUGUUCGAGAUGUCAUGCACCGUCAGAUACCAAUAUGUCGAUUAUCGACAUACCCCACUUCAAAGAAGUAGUUAUAAUGGCCACAAACUGUGACUCGUGCGGCUACAAAUCUAACGAAGUAAAGGGCGGCUCUGGCAUAUCACCCCUAGGCCAGAAAAUAACACUCAAAGUCCAGGACGUGGACGACCUCUCUCGCGACAUCCUGAAAUCAGAGACAUGUGGUCUCUCGAUACCCGAAGUAGACCUGGAAUUACGCUCUGGAACACUUGGAGGUCGUUUCACGACCGUUGAGGGGCUCUUGACUCAGAUAUACGAAGAACUGGAAAGUCGUACUCCGUUCUUGCAUGGGGAUUCGGGUGACCAGACGCGACGGUCGGCUUUCCAAAAGUUUUUGGGCAAGCUUAAGAAGGUGCUGAAUAUGGAGGUGGAGUGGACGUUGGUGCUGGAUGAUCCGCUUGGGAAUUCUUAUCUGCAAAAUCCAUACGCACCAGAUGCAGAUCCCAACAUGACUAUUGAGUCAUAUGAACGAACAUGGGAGCAAAAUGAAUUCUUGGGGUUGAAUGAUCUCGUGCUUGAGAAUUACGAGGGACAUGCUGAUGACGACAAGGAGAAACACGAAGCUGAUGCUCAUGAACAUGAGAGGCAUGAGGAAGAAGAAGAGGAUGACGAUGAAGAGGGAGGUGAAGGUGUGGCUAGUUAG